UGUUUUGAAUGCAAUCAAACUUUUUAUCAUCUAGAUAACAAUAUUCCCUCUAUUUCUAUUUGUAAGCGCAACCAAAUAAGGCAUUAAUUAAUGAAACCAUUAGUUGUCACGUUGCCAAAAAUUCAUGUUCAUGUUCAAAAUGUUUGCCUUGCAACCGCUAUAUGUCUUGUAAUUUUUCUUCUUCUAAGAACUUGGAAAAGAAGAUAUAUUUACUACCGCGCAGCUAAAGUUAAGGGACCUUUUCCACUCCCGGUAAUUGGAAGUACUUAUGUUUUAUGGGGCCACACUCAAGGUAGGUACGGUCAUAUAAUUUCUCUUGAUCAUGAAAGUCUCUCAGACCUCUUGGAAGGUUUAAUUCGUCUAAAUAAAAAAUAUGGUUCUCUUUACAAAUUUUGGACAGGAACUAAGCUGUGCUUUUUCGCUUCUAAACCCGAAGAAGUGCAAAUCGUUCUCAACAGUUGCGCCGAAAAAUAUCAAGAUAUGAAAUACUUGAAUCCAGUUUUUGGAAAAGGUCUCCUCACUUUACUAGCCCCAGAGUGGAAAAUACACCGAAAGCUGUUACGGGGGACUUUCAGUCAAGAGAUUUUGAAUUCGUUUGUGAAGACUUACGUGGUUUAUUCUAACAUUAUGGUGGGAAAACUUGAAGAAAGUCUUGGUAAAGGUUUGGUUGAUGUGUUCCCGUUUUUUUCGCUAUGUAUGACGGAUAUUCUUUGCGAUACAAUGAUGGGUGUUCAAGUUAACACAAUGAAGGAAAAUGGGUACAAUUUAAUAUUACAAACAGCCAGACUAGGAGAGCUAGGUUGUUUGCGUACGGCCAAUCCUUUGCUUCAUCCAGACAUUUUGUGGAAUCGAACUUCUCUGUCUAAAGAAACACGUACAAUACUGGAAGAGGUUCAACAAUUUAUUAAAAAAAUCGUUGAUACUAAGAGGCUGGAGAAAGCAAAAAACGUCGCUUGUGCGUCUCAAAAACCCAUUUUGUUGAAUCGAAUGCUAGAAUUAGAAGACACUGAAAAAAUAUGGGACGAACAAAUGUCACUUGAAGAAACUCAAGCAGUUCUAGUGGCAGGUGCCGACGCAACAACUCUGACUUUAGGUUACGUCCUCAUGAUGCUAGGGAUGCACCAAGAAAUACAGGUUCUUUUAGCAAUCAUGUAACCAAAGCUUCAAAUCCAAAUUUCAGACACAAGUACACCAAGAACUAGAUUUCGUUUUUGGUGUCAGUAACAGAGAUGUCACUUUGGAAGAUCUGCUCCAACUACCACUUCU